AAAGCAAACUUAGCAAUACCUUGAAGUCUUCAAUCUGCAUCAGAAGUGUUGAUUCCUUCUGAUUGUCGUUGGAAAGAUCUCUUAAUAAUUAUAUCAGCUUAAAGACAAUGAGUGGAUUUGACUUUUCUGCUAUUCUUGCACUUCUGGGACUCAUUCUCAUUCUCAUUCUAAAUAUUAAAGACUUUAUGGCUAAAGCAUCUAAACGGCAGUGUCCUCCAGGACCCAAACCUUGGCCAGUUAUUGGAAAUCUACACAUCCUCAACCUGAAGAGGCCCUAUCAAACCAUGUUAGAGCUCUCCAAGAAAUAUGGUCCCAUUUACAGCAUUCAAAUGGGGCCAAGGAAGGUGGUGGUGCUUUCUGGCUAUGAGACAGUGAAAGAUGCCCUUGUCAAUUAUGGCAAUCAAUUUGGCGAACGCUCUCAAGUGCCUAUAUUUGAAAGACUUUUUGAUGGAAAAGGAAUUGCCUUCGCUCAUGGCGAAACGUGGAAAACAAUGAGAAGAUUCAGUUUGUCCACCUUAAGGGACUUCGGCAUGGGCAAGCGAACUAUAGAAGACACAAUUGUAGUGGAAUGUCAGCAUCUCAUACAGAGCUUUGAAUCUCACAAAGGAAAACCCUUUGAGAUCAAAAGAGUACUGAAUGCUUCUGUCGCUAACGUCAUUGUGUCCAUGCUGCUUGGGAAACGGUUUGACUACGAAGAUCCCCAGUUCCUGAGACUCUUAACCUUAAUUGGUGAAAACAUAAAACUCAUUGGAAACCCUAGUAUUGUGCUUUUUAAUAUUUUUCCUAUUCUGGGAUUUCUCCUAAGAAGCCACAAGAAAGUACUGAGGAACAGAGAUGAACUAUUUUCCUUCAUAAGGAGGACCUUCCUAGAACAUUGUCACAAUCUUGACAAAAAUGACCCCAGAAGUUUCAUCGAUGCAUUCCUAGUCAAGCAGCAAGAGGAAAACAACAAAUCUGCUGAUUAUUUCAAUGAGGAAAAUUUGCUAGCCCUUGUUAGUAAUCUAUUUACAGCAGGAACUGAGACCACAGCUGCCACACUGCGCUGGGGAAUUAUACUCAUGAUGCGAUACCCUGAGGUCCAGAAAAAGGUCCACGAUGAGAUCCACAAAGUUGUGGGCUCAGCUCAGCCUCGGAUUGAGCACCGAACUCAAAUGCCCUACACAGACGCUGUAAUUCACGAAAUACAGAGAGUUGCUAACAUCCUGCCCACAAGCCUACCCCAUGAGACAAGCACAGAUGUUGUAUUUAAAAACUAUUAUAUUCCAAAGGGCACUGAGGUCAUUACCCUGUUAACAUCGGUACUUCGGGAUCAAACACAAUGGGAAACACCAGAUGCUUUUAAUCCUGCUCAUUUCCUCAGUUCCAAGGGGAGGUUUGUCAAGAAAGAAGCUUUCAUGCCCUUUUCAGUGGGUCGUCGGAUGUGUGCUGGUGAGCCACUGGCAAAAAUGGAGCUUUUCCUUUUCUUCACCAGUCUCAUGCAGAAGUUUACCUUCCAACCACCCCCUGGAGUCUCCUAUCUGGACCUGGAUCUAACUCCAGACAUUGGUUUUACCAUUCAACCACUGCCUCAUAAGAUAUGUGCUCUGCUCCGAACCUCAGCUCUUUGAGUUCAGUGCAGCCCCAAUUCUUGGUGUGAUCUUGUGGUCCUUGGCACAAAGGCUUUCCUUUCCUUCAUUUCUAUAGCCGUGGUAUUCAGCCAAAUCCUGCAGUGUUAUUAUGGCAGUUAGCCUCCUUCUCACAGGGGGCUGUCUUUUCCAGAAUAAGUUUCUGUGCUAGCUGCUGGAGAAGAAACUCCCUACUGCUAUUGCAGAAAACAACAGAUGAACAGAUAGUUUCACAAAAAGAUCCCAAACAUGGUCUUCUAAGGCAUGAGACACCUAAGGAUCACAAAUCGAGAGUCAUAAUUGGUGUUUAUGUGAAGGAAGGCAGUAUAAUAUCUAUGAAUAGCAACACAAAUACGGUAAAGAAAACUCAACUCUUAGUGAUGCACACACUAAACUUACGGCAUUGUUUUCAUUCUGAGAACAAGCAGUGGCUAAUAACAGAUAAUUGGUUGUGAGUACUGCCAGUUUGCUGAGAUCAGGAAGUAUUAAUUAAUCUGGGUCCUACUAGAUUGCUUGUUGGAGGGCUGCAAAGGCAGUUGGCGUUUACGUCUGGCACGGGAGGUUCGAUUUCCAGAAUUCAUGUAAAGAUAGAAAGUGAUGUAAACCUAGCCCCACACAUCACAUACAUGCAUGUUCUCUCUCUCUCUCUCUCUCUCUCUCUCUCUCUCUCUCUCUCUCUCUCUCAGAUUAUUACUAAUAAUAGUAUACAUGUCAUAUCCAAAAUGUGCAGAGUCAUUCCUGUGGUUUGUGUUCUAAAGUCCCAGUGAAGUCAAAUAUAAAGGGACCCUGGCAACAGAUCAGAGAAAAGCCAUGUUGUUUCCCCAACGCAAAAACAUCUCCAGUCAAUUGUACCCUCCCACCAUCAAUAUACAUACUUCUUCUGUGCUCAUAUCUGAUUUGUAUCUAAGUGAGAAUUGCCCUAGACAAAGAAGACUUUAUUUAACGAAUUGUAUGUAAUAGGCUAGAACUUGGUCAGAACCCAGCUCUGCUGAAGCACAGAACAGAAAGACUUUCAGCAGUGGGGUGUGUCGUGGAAAAGUACCCAAGGUUGGGAGGAAGUCUGACCAAUAGGCUGUAUCCAGCUCACUGAAUCACUCCUGCAUUUUCAAGUAUUUCUAUGGUAGGCUGUCUGCCCUGGCUACUGGGUUCCCAUUUGACUUUUCUUUUUUAUCAGAAGCUAUAGCUAAAAACCCAGAACUUCACGCUUCAUAAGCAAGCACUCUUCCACUAAGCUACAGCGCCAGCUUGAGAGCCUCAUUUGAAAAGCUACUACUUCACACGGAGAAUAGGAGUCAGAUAUCCUAUCUUCCUGGAUGAAUCUCAAGGAAAUCUCUUAGGUCCUUAAGAAAUAGGGUAUGGAUCUGUGGAACUGUCAAGAGAUCUUUUUAAUACUUAGAAUCUCCCUCUUUUCAGAGGAAUAGAAUUAACACAGCAUUUUCUCAACUCAAGCCUCAAGAGAGAAGUCCUGGUCAUCAGGAAGAAAAACAACUACAGUUCAGUAAAAUGCCAGAGAACAUUAGGCACUUAGGUCAUUCUCAACACAUUACUAUCCACAAAGCCUUUUGAUGGGAGUCCUUUAGGUGCCCUGACAGUCCAGAGAGGUACAGAAAGUAAUGAAAUGGGGCACAAGUUCCAUUCGGGCUCCCUUCGAUGUACACAGGCAACUGUACUUUCAUGGCUACUCCUAGUUUAUUUAGAGGAUUCAGUAGUAUUUUAGUCAGUUCUGAACCCACAAUCAAAAUUAGCGGGUGGGCUUGUUUCUCUUACUUGAGGAACAGUAAAAAUAACUUAGGACAGAGAUCCAGAGAACCAAAUUUUACUUGUAGCACUGUCAGCUUUUCAUUGUUAUGAUGACAGACUGGUGGGGCAUAUGUCCUCCAUCUGCCAAACAGAAGAACGGGAGAAAAUAAUGUUCCUCACUAUGAGUACAAUGUAAAAAACAUAAGUAUAAUGUAAAAAGGAACAAUUUCUGCUGUCUCAGAGAGUGAAAUAACACCCUUUUGUGUCAUUCUAAAGUAGUAAAUAAACUAAACGAAAAAUUAAACAAUAAAGAUGAAAAUGUCCGCAGAAGAUAAAGUAAAAAUACUUAUUCCUACUAAUGUAAUUUUUCCCUUGAUUCAUUCUUUGAUCACAACAAUUAUGAGAUAAAGAAUCUUUUCUUCAAGUUAUUCAUGUCUAACAAAAUUGUACUUAUACAAUAAAACUAUUACAUUUUAUUAUUUCUCUACUUUAAGCUUUACAUGUAAAUUAUAUAUCACAAUCAAUAAGUUAAUUUUUUUCCUUACUCACUUAAACCUCAGCUCAACACUGAAUAAAUCAGUUCUACACUGAA